GUAAGCCGGUCUAAAAGCCGCGAAAAUAGCGCCCUCUUUUACAUGUGUUAUACAGCUUCUCUUUAGAACAAGAAAGAAGACUUGGUCCUUUAUUGUCGGCUUGUUUCGCAAUAGAAACCGUAGAAUCUUUCAGAGAAAAGAUUGCGUUUUUUCUGGCUUGUUAAUAGGAUUCUUUACUUGAUUUAUUUGUUUUUUUCUUCAUAAUUCAACUGAAAUUGAAAAAUGGCCGAUCAACUCCAGGAGCAGAAGGCAGAAGGUGACAGUGGUUCUGAAUACAUUAAACUGAAAGUUGUUGGACAGGACUCCAAUGAAAUACAUUUUCGAGUCAAGAUGACCACACAGAUGGGAAAACUUAAGAAAUCCUACAGUGAGAGAGUGGGUGUCCCCGUAACGUCGCUUCGCUUUUUGUUUGAUGGUCGAAGAAUCAAUGAUGAUGAAACGCCAAAACAGUUGGAAAUGGAGAACGACGAUGUCAUUGAAGUGUAUCAAGAACAGACUGGCGGUCAGAUGUAAAUUUAGUUGAGAUGUGAGCAUGGGACAUUUUUCAGUUUUGUUUCUUUUUAUGUAUGGAGCAUCAGUAUGUUGUUUUUGUAUGUAAUCAUCAUCUGAAAUCAUUUAAGAAAACUAAAAGAACGGAUUUCAUAUACUUGUUUUUAGAUCAUUAAUCAUCCUCUCAUGUUCCUUAAUAUUUUUUUUUUCUUUUUAUUCUAAAACUGCAAGCUAAUUGCAACUUUUUGGAAAAUGUAUUUUUUUUUUCUUCAAACUAUAAUGUUAAAACUCUCAGUGUUCCAUUGUCGUAGUCUUAUACUAGCUGAUACCUGUGUCACCUCUUCAUCAUUUUCCUCUUUUCUGUAUUUCAAACUUGUGUUAAGAUCACUCCUUUUAAUGAAAUGUAAGUUAAGUCUCCAUUAAACAAAAUUUAUUGUA